ACUUCCACCUUGCUCCCACCAUCGACCUGAUUUUCUUACUAAUACUCGCGCCUCCUCAACGCGACCGUUGUUGAAACUCGAUCAGCGAAAACGCCCCCUAGCAUCUAAAAAACAUAUCAAUUCACUGCGCCUUUUAUCAAGACAGACGUAAUACACUAGCGAUCAUUGCUAAUGCUACACGGUUACCCUCCUUCGGGCCAGCAGCAAGGUCAGCAGUCUGAGGCUCUGCAGCAGCAGCAGCAACCGCAACAACCUCAACAACAACCGCAACAAACCCCACAGCCUAUUCCUUCAAUGCGUCUUCGUGACGACCCACUGCCGCCUCAACCUUCCACAUCUCAGGCAUCUGCACAGCCAGCCGCCCCAGCUCCAACAACCCGUUCUCGCAAACGUAAAUCUCCCCCAACAACAACAACCCAACCACCGCCGCCGCCACCACCAUCACAGCAGCUCCAGCCGCCGCCGCCAGGUAUAUUCCUUCCCCCAAUGUUACCACCACCGCAUGGACACCACCCAUCAUCCAUGCCCAUUUAUUUCUCUGGCCCUCCGGGGCCUGAGUUCGGUGGACCUCCACCCCACCCGCCUCCGGGUGAACAACCUUCCCCGCAGAUUGAGGGUCAGCCUGGUGGUCCUGAGGACUCAAAGGCCAAUGGUCGUCCAUUGAGCCAGACGAAGCGGGCUGAGCAAAAUAGGAAGGCGCAGAGAGCGUUUAGGGAACGUAGAGAUCAGCACGUUAAAGCCCUCGAGUCGCGUUCUCAACUACUGGAUGCAGCACUUGCGUCAGCAGAUGAGGCGAAUCGUCGAUGGGAAGAGUGUCGAGCGCUUAAUGACAGGCUCCGCGACGACAUCACACAUCUCCGCGAAGAAAACACGCACCUUCGUCAACAGCUGGACGAGGUGUACUCCCAAAUUCCACAGGGUUUACUCUCACAUCUCAUGCCAUCUCAACCCCAGCAGCAGCCAGCAACACAAGCACAGCCUCAGCCAGCAACGGCUGAGACGGAGAAGAAGGAUGAUACUGCCUCCAAAGAGUGAGGCAGCGGAACUGUUGUUUUGUUCUGUAAAAAUGACUUCAAUAACAAGACAGCAAUAGGU